AACUGCGAAAGCUCAUCUGGGCUGGAUGGGUUCGCUUGGCAUGGCUACAGUGGUGAUCGCGGCUACGACCACACCUCAACCAUCCCUUCAAAAAAGCGCUGGGUCGAGCCUACGUGCAGUACUUCCUUGUCCGUCGCUGCUACAAUACAUCUCUCACCGCUCUACAAGUACUGUCGACACACAGCUCGCAAUCUACGCCGCAUGUUGCGGGGCAGAUCAUGAGAGACGCGACGCCGGGAAAAUGGCUCCGUCCCAGACGCUGCCAGAUCACGAGCCCUUGAAGUUCUCCCCCCGAGCCGUAUCGCGACUGGACGAGGAGGAUGAGGAUUGGCAGCGAACCAUAAGGCCGGCCGCCCUCGACUCCCGCAGCGUUGCACAUUCCCGUGAAUCAUCCAUCGAAAAGCUACAGUGGCCCGAGAACUCUCCUGCCGGGCCACUCCCUCCCUCUCGAACUCAUGGGACGUCCUCGAGGAGCGCCAUUGCCAUCGGUGGCGCCAUCGAACGAGUAGUCGAUCCCAAAGCAUCCUCGUACGGACAUCACAGGCAGACCUCCAUCGUCCAUGGUAUUGGAAUUCAGCAUUCGCGGAAUGGGAGUCUGGCCAGCUCUGCAUCGAGCCCCCUCAGUCCGCAGAUGAUUGUUGCCGCUGGCUCUGGCAUACCUCCCGACAGAUCAGACAUGCAUGGAUUUGGGCGCUUGGAAGGUGACGGUGCAUUGGGUUCGAGGCCUUCCACUGCCCUAUCUGGUACUACGACAUCCACGGUGCGGGUACCCGAAAGGACUUCGUCCGCCGCUCCCGACUCGGCUCCCCAGACCGGUGCGAAUAGGAAGCUGGAAGGAAGUGUACAGAGCGGAAAGUCGCGCCGAGAUCAUGCCCACAACCACUCGCACUCUUCCCGCCACCACAAGGAAGAACAGAAGACGGUCGGCGAGUAUGCGCUGCACGUCUUGUUCACCUCCUUUAUCGCCCAGGCCGAGGAGAAGCUGAGCGAGUCCAUCACGGUCCCCUUCGAGCCCGAACCUCAAAUUGAGCAGAUAUGUGGCCCUGGGGUGGAUCCUGCCUUUGACCAGCUCAUCGUGGCUCUCGGGCACAUUGCCCGGCAGAAGCCCAAGCCUUUGAUCGACUCCAUGAUGUUGUGGAGGAAAAGCAAGAGUGAUGCGGCCAACGAGGCCCGGGCCCAGCUCCAGCAGUCGAGGAGCUACCCUCCUCUCCCUAUUGGCUUGAUGCAGAGGCGGAAUACAGAACCACUGCAGCCGAGUGUUGGCAGCGGUGGCCCCGGGCCACAAGCCGGCGGCCAGACGUCCCUCGUGUCUAAGCAGGAAUAUGUUGCUCAGGCAGAGCGUCGCUCUACUGUUUCCAUCUACAUCCUCUGCCGCGUCCUUCUCGAGGUUAUGGCGCAGAGCACUCUACCUUCUAUCACGCCCGAAAUGGAGGACAAGCUGGAGAACAUCAUCUUCGGGCAGCUCAAAAUCUCCGAGACUGAGCAGCUUCUUGUGUCGCCCCUGAAACUGGCCAACUGGAACCUCUUCGCUCAACUGCUCGGCGCCAUGAGCGAGAUCAACUUCACCAGCGUGACAGACCGCUUCAUCGGCGAUCUCGACCGCUCUCUCCAAGAUCUCGCCACCAAGACGCCAACAUCCACCUCCCGAGACAUCGAGAGCAAGAUGGAGCUUGUUCUGGGCGGUAUGAAGCACCUCAGGAUAAAUAUGACGCCAGGGGAGGCCUGGGACCAGUCUUGCGAAUUCAUGUCCGCUCUGGGAAAGCUCUUUGCUCGAUCUCACGGCCCCAAGGUCAAAUCAGCGUUCUGUCAGGUGCUCGAGAUGCUCGUGCUCCCAAUCGCGGCCGGGGCCACCAACGGCCAUUUUGCACACCCCCGGUGGACUGAGGUGCUGUCCACCAUCGGGCCCCGGCUAGCCCAGAUGUUCGUGAAGCCUCGCCACUGGCCGUAUACAUUUCCCCUGACGGCCACCAUGCUCUGCGUCUCCAUGCCAGACACAUUCACAAGCCAAUGGCUGCAGUUGAUCUAUCCUCUCCAGCCCAAGCUCAAAGACCGUACCACCAGGCCACUGUGCCUACAGGUUAUUUCUAGGUUACUCUGGACCUAUCUCUAUCGUGCCAAUGAUAGCGCUGCAGGAAAUACGAGGAAGCUCGAUGAUAUCUUGAAGAUGGUGCUUCCUAGCGCCAAGAGGACCAUCAGCGCGACAGAUACCGCGGUCACCGACCCGCUCAUCCAGAUCAUCAGGUUUAUCGGCUAUAAACACCCGGAACACUGCUUCCGGACCAUCAUAUUCCCUCUCGUUAAUGCCGACUACUUCACUUCGAACAAAGAUCUCAAGAUUGAACAACUUGAUCCGGACAAGAUCGUCGUCGGCAUCCGCGCGUUCUUGGCUGUGAUGUCGGAUCUGGAGAAGGGGGAGCAGGGUCGGCCGCCUUUCCCCCAAAGCUACAUACCUCCUGUGUUUCCCGAACGGGGACCCCCAGCGUCUCCUCUUCUUGGCUCUCCGCGUAGCAUCCCCUUCAGUCGCUCGACUGCCAUUUCGAGCGACGAGAGGCUCUCCAAGCCGGUGUUGGUCUCUUCUCUGACCGACUCCGUUCGGGAUUACUAUACAAGGUUUUGCGAAAUCCUAGGCAAAAUCGCCAUCAUUUGUGACAGCACUUUCGGUGGCCAAGCGGCGUUGGACGAGAAGUUCAACAGCCCUGGGCCAAAAACGCCAAUCACCGAGACUUUCAAUUUCUCCAGGCGCGAUGACCACCCAAGCCCCCAAGACCAAAAGCAGGCGUUCUACGAGCUGCUUCACGUAGCUGUACAGGCUCUUCCGCGAUGUUUGGCUUUGGGCAUACCUUUUAACCGACUGAUAAAUCUCCUCUGCACUGGAACCGCCCAUAUUCAGUCAAAUAUUGCCGAGUCAUCAGCACAGUCCCUAAAGUCUAUCGCCCGCCAAUCCCACGCGCAGCAGGUGACGAUGGGCUUUGCGCGCUUCAUCUUCAACUUUGAUGACCGUUACUCUACCAUGUCGGACGGGGGCAUGCUGGGGCCGGGACACAUCGAGAAAACGCUGAUACUUUAUGUCGAGCUCCUCCACAUAUGGAUCGAUGAGAUCCGGCAGAAAACCAAAGACGCUUCUGGUGAGAGUGGCGAGGCUGGAGAUGCCGAUAAACGCGGCAUGAAGCUUGAUUUGUCCGGCAUAUGGGCCGAGGUCGAUCAAGUUGAGGCGCACGGGCUGUUCUUCCUCUGCUCUCAGUCUCACCGGGUACGAUACUAUGCUGUCAGCGUACUGCGGCUGAUCACCGAAUUCGAGGAAGCCCUGAGAAAGUCGAGUGGUCGUGAGAAAGACAUACCGAGGCUCAUUGACAUUCUUGAAAACGACUCGAUGCAGGUCAUGAGCUUCAAGGACGAGCACCUGACGGUAGCUGAACGGAGCAGAUUGCAGCGAGGAAUGCAGAACACGAACAACAAAGGAGCCCUGAUCGAGCUCUGCGGUAGCGACGUGACAUACGACGCUACGCUUUGGUUCAAAAUAUUCCCCAACUUCGUCCGGAUUGCGUUUGACAAGUGCCCCUUCACCAUCACUAUCUGUCGGGAUCUCGUCUGCAACAGGAUACUCCAGAUGUACAAGGGAAUCACGUUAAUCUCGGAGCCUAUGCGAGGGCCGCUGUACGCGUCAGACCCUGGCAGCGCCCGUCUAACCGGGAGGACCCCGACCACCCAACCUGAGGUGCUAGUCGAGCAGUGGAAGCUGUAUCUCGUUUUUGCAUGUACGACUCUCGCCGACCCUGGCAGUGUCCAGGUCAACGGGUCUCAGAAUGGUCAGCAUGGGAGGAAAGUCUCCAAGUCGGCUGCGGAUAAGAUCGUGUCGGCGCGGACUCUGUUCAAGUAUCUGAACCCUCUUCUAUCAGUAUCGUCUGCUCCCGUCAGAGACGCUGUUGUCGUCGCCAUGGGCUCCAUAAACAUUCACAUUUAUCGCACGCUCCUCGAAGAGCUUCAGGGGCAUGUCUCUCGCUGCAACGAUGAAGCGCGAGCACGCGUUCACCAGCGCUCUAAUAGUAGCCCACGACGGAAUCGCAAGAUGGAUCUGCUGCGCACUGAAAUCACGCACGUAUAUAAGCUGACGUCGCAUUUCCUGAAAGAAACCGAGGUCUACCAGGACGAGUGGGUUCUGAGUAACCUCGUCGCGUACGCAAAGGACCUGAAGCUGUUUCUCAUGGACGGCGAGGUUCAGCUGGACUGGGAGUUUCAGAAGCUAAGACGGCAUUUCUGUGGUCUCACGGAAGAGCUCUUUGAAGGCAUAAAUCGGACCAAAGACCCGUCUCGCUGGAUGACAUUUGAGUCUAGAAAAUCGUCCUUCGCCUUGAUGGAGGAUUGGUGUGGCUAUUCCCCAAACCAGACCCAGAUCCGGCAGAGAGAGGACAGUAUGAGGCAGUCUCUUAUUGACCAGCAGACCAUGGGUGAACGUGGCCCUCUGACGGCGGCGAUGGAGAUCGAGAAGCGUAACCUGCGCACGGCUGCCCUCAGUGCCAUGGCGGCUCUCUGUGGCGGGCCUAUUAGCGUGACCACGGAGAGCGGCGCAUCCCUGCAAUUCGAUGUCCGACGUAUGCUCGCAUGGAUCGAGGCAAUCUUCAAUUCUGGUAGCGACCGCACAAACGUCAUUGGGAGACGAGCGCUAAAGAACCUAAUCGUCCACAACCAAGAACACUUAUAUCUCCUCGAGCACUGCAUUGCGAGGUGCUACGUGACCGAAGUGUCCAAGGUGCUGGAGAAUUACUUUACUGUGGUGACCGAAGUCCUCUUGGAAAACCAAGACUAUCCAUGCUCCUUUUGGAAGCCGCUCGGUCUUUGUUUAUACACGCUGGGUAACGACCAGAGCGAGAUCAGAUUCAAGUCGGCACAUGUUCUGAGGGUUCUGGAAGAACGGCAGGCCCCGGCCCGGAGCUCCAAGAUCCAGGACUUUGAUAUAAGCAUUUCUGACAAGACGAAGGCCAUUUACAAGCUUGCGCAGUUUGAGAUCUCCAAAAGGCUGGCGAAACAGCAUACAGAGCUUGCGUUUCACAUCUUUUCCGAAUUCACCUUCUACUUCAAAGAUCUGCAGCCGGCCGCGCAGAGAAACGUGGUCGCCGUGAUACUCCCUUGGAUUCAAUCGAUCGAACUCAAGGUCGACCCAAAUGGCGGACCAAUUGGACAAUCCUACGUGCUCCUCGCUAACCUCCUCGAAAUCACCAUCAAAUCUAGCGCGGCUCUCCACAACGAGGUGCAAGCGCUCUGGCAGGCACUGGCAACCGGUCCUCAUGCCGGGAACGUGCGGCUAGUCUUGGAUUUUAUCAUGUCGCUCUGUUUGGAGCGGCGAGAGCAGAACUUCGUCGAGUACGCAAAGCAAAUUGUCGUGUUCCUGGCGAGCACGAACAGCACGCCAGGCGACAAAGUAAUCGAGUUCCUCUUGAUGCAGAUCAACCCCAAGGCCAUGGUUCCCAACGAGAAGAAGGAAGCAGUCCCGCCUCCGCCUGAUAUUGGCAUUCUGCCGUAUUGCGCAGAUCUUUCAGAUGUCCUUCCGGUUGGCACUAAGCAAGCCGGCUUCUCGCUGGGCCAGCUCUCUCUCAUUUUGCUUGUGGAUCUCAUGGUUGCCCCUGUCUGCCUCGUCCCCGAGAACGUUCCCGUUCUGCUCCAGGUUGUCAUGGUACUUUGGGACCACUACACUGCCCUUGUACAGGAACAGGCGCGAGAGAUGCUCGUCCAUCUCAUCCACGAGCUUGUCAUCUCCAGGCUUGAUGAUGACGCUCCUAUCGCCACCAGGAAGUCAAUCGAGGGCCUAAUCGACGCUAUUAGACGUCAUGACCGUGCUGUGGUGUGGGGAUAUGAGGACAGCAACGGCAAGGUUGAUGGCCAGGACAAUAACGUGCCGCCAAGCAUGGAGUAUCUGACUGCCGAGGUGGUCAAGACCUUUGAGCUUACAUUCCCGGGCAUCAAAGACAAAUGGGGCAGACUCUCACUGACCUGGGCGACAUCGUGCCCAGUCCGACACCUGGCGUGCCGAUCCUUCCAGAUCUUCAGAUGUAUUCUGACAUCCCUCGAUCAUCUCAUGCUCUCAGACAUGCUCGCGCGACUGUCAAACACGAUCGCAGAUGAGGACGCCGAGAUUCAGACGUUCUCAAUGGAGAUCCUCACGACCCUGAAGACCUUAAUCGCAAAGCUGGAUGCUGAGAAGCUCCUGACUUUCCCACAGCUAUUCUGGACCACCUGUGCCUGUCUAGAAUCCAUCAACGAAUGCGAGUUUCUGGAGGCGGUCGAGAUGCUUAACGAGCUCUUGGACAAGGUAGACUUCCACUCCCCCAGCGUUCGGAGGCUAUUGUUCGAAGGCCAGCCUUUGAAGUGGGACGGCCCUUUUGAGGGCGUGCAGCCUCUGUUAUACAAGGGCUUGCGAUCAUCGACGUGCCUCGACUUGACGCUCUCAACUUUGAAUAAACUCAUACAACUACCUAGCGACAGCCUUGUUGGCGACGAUGGCCGGUUGUUUUUCACCAUCCUGGCCAACCUCCCCCGCUUUCUUCUGGCCAUGGAGCAGCAGUCGAUCGACCGUGGCGUUGCGCAAACCGCCGAGAUUCUCAUGACUGUUGCCGACAACCAGGGUCUUACUAGCAUUGCAGUGGUUCUGGAUAGCUAUCUCGGCUCCAAGUAUUCGUCUGGGAACGAGUUCGUCUUCCAGAUGUUUGACGCGCUGCGGGAGCACUUUCUCCCAGCCUUGGAUCUCCCGAUGAUAACCAUGCUGAUGGGGUUCCUGACCAAUGCUACUGGAUGGGUCAAGAUCAAGACGAUGCGAGUUCUCUGUGUCAUUAUUCCCCAGGUAGACAUGAAGAAACCCGAGAUCGCCGGCCACGGAUCCGACAUGAUCUCCCCUCUUCUCCGAUUGCUGCAAACCGGAGACUGCAUGGAGGCCUUGGAUGUGUUGGACAACAUCAUGACCAUGUCAGGGUCCUCGAUGGAUAAACACCACCUCCGCAUGAGCAUGACUCGCUCAACAUCCAAAGUCAUCCGUAAGGAGUACGAGCGCACACAGAGCCUGUUUGGGAUUCCGGAGGAGUCGGGGUGGGCGAUUCCCGUUCCGGCCAAAAAGACGGAGUCAACGAGGGCCAAUAUCCACGCGGCCUUCUACAUGUGCCAGAGCGCCGAGGGCGUCGUUGCCGAAGCUACGCCAACGCCCGAGGUUGAGUUCCACGCCGACGAGUUCCCGUACGGGUACUUUCCCUCGUCAGACAGGGCCGAUACCAUGAUGUCGGACGACGUUCGUGGGGAUGGGCCGCUGGGAGAUCUUGUUUCCAAGAUUGACAGCCUUGAUGAUUUCUUUGACGACUUGUCGACUGGUCCUCCAAGCGAGGGCAGGUCGUCGAGGACAAUCACUGAGUUCUCGCCUGACGCGUUUGAGUCCGGGGCUCAGCUCUACGAUGAGCAAAUUCUCCCGAUUCUACACCAAGCAUCGACCAACACUUCAUUCCAAAAUGGGUUCACCGACCGACCUGCCCUGAUGUCACGGGAGGGGCUCCCCAACACAAUGAAUCCGGGCGCCUUCAAUGUCGGUCCACCUGUGUCUGGUCGCCCGGGACUGCAUUCCAGAUCUAUUACAUCCCCGUCGGCGCCUGCUUCGUACCAUACCCAGAUUGGCGAUUUCACGUCGGACGACGAGUUUCCCGAGGACGUGUUCUCGGAUGGAGAUGACGAACGUCCGAACACGGGUGGUGGCAGUGGCGAAAGCUCCUUUUUCCUCGAGAGCAUGAUUAAGCCACUUGCGCAAGGCACCCGAUCGCGGAUGAGGAGGCUGACUGGCGGUCGGUCUCGGGAGGAGCGACAUCCACUAUCUCCACAGGUGCCCAAGGUUCCGCAAUCAUUCCUACCACAACACCGGCCCCAUACGCCCGGCGACAUGCUCUGAGGGCUUCGCGCAACGGCAACAAUCUCCCUCCUGAAUGUGGCGGUGCUUCAGGUAGCAUUGGUGCCACUACUACUACUAAUUAUAGUGUGUAAAGUCGUCAAGUGAUACGGCUUGUAGAGGAUGGUAACUUGCAUUGCAAAACGGUCAAUGAUAAUCUAUGAAAAAACAUGUCCAUGGGGAGCUUGAGCUGGCCGGGAUUUGUUGUGCUGUAUUAUCCAUGGCGAUCACGGAGUAGGCUGGUUGCUUUUGACACGUGGCGGAUUUUCUGGAUCUGUGCUGGGAAGUGUUCUUUAUAGGAUUUCUCAUACUCCGUAAUGCUGCUCUUAACUGUUUAAUUUUAUGUUUAGAUACCAUAUUUAAAAAUCGAGUUCAUCUUUUAUCCA